AUGGAGGGGGAGGAGGAGGAGGAUGAGGGUGACGAAAGCACCUCAAGAGACAAGGGCUUUGCUCUCAAGUUUCAGAAGAUGAAGAAAGACCUGCCUGCCUACGUGGUGGACUUGGUGGAGACCCAGUCGGCCAAGGCAGCCCACCCACGGGAGUUCAAGUCGAAAAUCAUCAACAAGCUGUUCAAGAGAGACAAGUCAGGCAAGAUCCACUUGAACUUGCAAGAUGCUUGCUUUAAAGAGCACAAGAAGCUUUACAACGAGAAUUUCUCCAAGAGCUCCGAGAUCUCCUACCCCGAGAGCAUAUUCAAGGGUAUGUUCUAUGCCAACAACGACGACAAGUUCGAGGCCGCCCUGGCAAAGGGCGAGAUUUGCGAGGCGAAGAGCUCGGUCCCAGGAGUCAAGUUCUUUAGCUUUCAGACCUUCAAGGCAGUCCAGAAGACAGGGUGCAUGGAGGAGGAGGAGCUCUCUUCGACUGCCAAGGUGAGCAAGGAUCAGGCCAAGAUCUUGUCCGAGUGCUUUUCUCGCAUCGGCUGGAAGAUGAAGCACUCCACCGAUGAGACCAAGAAGUUCGCGAAGGGGGGCUCCGUGCCCACCAACAUCGAGGCAGUGCUUCGUACGGCCUUGGAAGCCCAGCAGAAGCUCUCCAAGGAUGCCAUGAUUAUCUUGAAGAAGUGGGGGGCGGAUGAUGAUACGACGAAGAACCUUCGCAAGUACCACAAGGGCAGCCAGGAGUUCAUCGUGAAGCUGGACCACAUCAAGCAGUUUCGCGAGCUCCCGGAUGACGAGGCCUUGACCAAGCCGAAUUUCGACAAGUUCCUCCUGAAGGUGGCCGAUCAUACGGAGCAGUUCAAUGUUCUGGUUGAGAGCAGCCAAGGGGUGCCACCUGCGGUUCUUCAUAAGGUACCGACCAAGGCGGGUCUGGAUACACUUCCGGUGCUCAUGCCACACGAGCUGUUGGCAUCCAUUUAUGACACUUUCCCAGCUGUUUGGGUUAAGGUUGUGAAGCCGUCGGAUAGCCGAGCCGAGCAGUUUUGGCGCUCAGUGAAGGGCCAUCCUGCACUGGAGUCAAGCCCACUCCUCGCUCGGCCGAAUUAUCAGCGGCUUUGCAUACCCCUGGGUGUUCACGGCGAUGCUGUUCCAAUCACUGCGUUGGGGAAAGCUUGGUGCCAGCAGUUGACCGACCUGAGUUUCAUGAGCCUUUUGGGUCUUGGCUCUGUGAAAGAGCUACUGUUUUACAUGGGUGGAUUUUGGGAAAAGCUGAGAGUCAUGUCGAAUGACAUGAAUGGCACCGCUCACAAGUUCUUGGCAGUGCUGGCUUGGUCAUUUCAAAUCCUCUGGGAAGGUGUUUGGCCAUCAGCUGAUUUUUCGGGCAAGCAGUACCCGGCAGGGAGUCAGGAAGCUCGCAAAGCUGGACAACCUUUGAUGGGAGGACAUUUCGCUUUCCUUUUCUCUUUGCAAGGUCGGCCCUUGCAGCUGGCAAGACUUCCGAACUUCUGCGGCUUGGCGAGCCACGUCUUGGAAAGCCUCCGAAUGGCGAUUGUGGUCUGGCAAAUCAUCCUGCCCUUUGCUGCAACUUCCUGGAACGAGCUGUUGGAAAACAUGCAGUCCUUUUGGAAGCUUUUGCAGCAACAGUACUCAGAUUUGGCUGUUCCAUGCAAGGGGGCUGAAAUACGACAUCUCAGUCGUCCGAUUUUCAACAUCUGGGCGGCCAAGAUGAACCCAGCAUUGGAGAUACAUCGUAAGAUCCACCUCCUCCUUAAACUGAAUGCCAAUGCAGAGCAGCUUUUGACUGAUCACCGUGAGCUUUUUGCACUGCCCUCGAGAGAUGCUUCGGUAUUCGAGACCUCUAUCGAUGGAGUUCUCAUGCUGCAGCACCAGCUGCAAGGGCACUUUCAAGAUGAGCCUCAAAAGCUCUUCAACGUCACCGAGAAGUCGCAUUUUGCUCAGCACUGCGGCAUUCUGGCUCGGCAUGUUUCGCCACGACUUUUAUGGUGCUUCAGUGGAGAGGACCAGCAGAGACGAGUACAGGAGCUCACACAGGCAUCGGUCAAGGGGAAUGGCCAAGAGGGCCUGAGCAUUCCUCGGCUUGGAGAAGUGUGCUACACUGUUGGGGAGCUGUGCGAAAAUGUGGGAAGGAUGGCCUCUGCAUCCCCGGCCGCUUUUGCGGUGAAGGCAAAGGUUAUCUGUGAGCAUCUUUACAGCCAGCUUGACGAGGAACACUUGAAAAAAACAGGACGGGUGACGAAAGUGUUCCACUUCAGGUCCCAGAAGAAUCGCAAGCUGUUCCGGUGGGUUCACGAUGUUCAUAAUAAUCGUUUCUUCACCCAGCGAGCAGUUUCUGAAGCCCUUCGUUUGAUGUUCAAAGAGCAUACUUUGGAACUUCCUGACAUACCCGGCUUCAAGUUUCGGGAUUGGGUCGACCGAGAAAGUAAGCUUUUGGUUGAGCUGCUUCACAAAGCCCGGCGGUCGGGUGCCAUGGACAACGACGAGACUCAAGUGGUGGCGGCACAGGAUGAUGAAGAUGCGAUGAUCACGAUGCUGCCGAUGGUGAGAAAUGGGAUGAUCACGAUGGCCGGCAAUGAUGAUAAAUUUUGGGACGGUGAUGCCGUCGCUGCCAACUAUGAAGCCAUUGGCGAUCGGACCAAUGUUGAGGGCAAAGACGUGCCAUUUCUGAUUUCAAGUGAGAUGACGAUGGAUAUGUCGAUGAUGCUGGCCCCGAAGAUCCAGAGUACCGUGGUCGCCGUCCGAAGGCACAAGCGUCGAUGUGCUUUGCGAAAAGAGCAAGGCACGCUGCUCAGGGGAAGGGCGAUGCAUCCUCCGUCGGCUGGAGGUGCGCCGCCUGAUCCGUGGGCUGACUACUUGUCAUCCAACCAGUCGAGAGCUUGGGACCACUCCUCUUGGCAGUGGCAGGGAAACUCCUGGAACGGAUGGCACUCCUGGGACGACGCGAAGAUGCAGAAUGAGCCACGCGGGGGGUACGCGUGGGGUCGUAAUUGGAGUUGGGAUGCUACCUGGGCUUCGGGGUCUACUGGCUCAGGUGGCGACAUCUACCCGGACGGCGAGGAAGAGAAGCACGGCGACGACGGGAGGGCUACUACCACGACCUCCAGGAGAUCGGCGAUGUUGGCCGCAAGUACAUCCACGGCACCGGCGGCUACUACACGUUCGGCGAUGGACUCCGAGAGAGGAGAGGAACGAGGUGAAGAUCAUGGGCGCGGGCCUUCGGAACGAAUGCUCGUUCCCAGCUUCUCUGGCGAUGUUGGAGCUGGAGAAGGGAGUGAUCUGGGAUCUACUGCCAGGUCCUACUUGCGACAGGUUGCAGCUUGGCAGAAGAUGACAAGAAUAUCUGCCAAUCGCCAGGGGUUGGUGUUAUACCAACACCUAUCCGGCAAGGCCUGGAUAGAGGCCGAGCGCUUGGACAUCGACAAGCUCAGUGGGCCGUCAGGAUCCGCGUACUUCGUCGAGUGGAUCCGUGAAAGGUACCUGGAUGUUCAGGUGACCCAGGUCGGGAGGAGCCUCUCAGAGUUCUUCCGCAAAUUGCGGAAGAAGCCAGGACAGAAUAUCCGGGACUACGUCGGCGAGUUCGAUCGGGCACAGGCCCGUUUGGAGGAGUGCGGCUGCACUCUUCCAGACAUCGCUCUGGCAUGGAUGUUCGUAGACCGGCUAGGCUUGGAUGAACCUUCGGAGCUCAACUUGUUGGCCAGCGUUGGGAACGUGUAUGAUCUUCGUCGCCUACAACAGGCGGCGACCAUCCACGACAAGGCGCUCAGGAAACCUUGGGAAGGCACUACCUCAACUACCAGGCCGUGGCAGCGUCGGCAGGGGCAGUCCGUGCACUACACCGGCAACCACGACCUCGACGACGACUUCCACGGCGAGGACUGCGGCACUGAGACUGCACCUGGAGAUGAACCCUUGACUGAGGGCUUGGCCGAGGAGCUCUUCACCACCUAUAUGUCCCACGAGACGGCCAAGCAGAAGUACCGCGACUCCCAGCGCGGUCGCGGGACGGACCCUCAGGCUAUGAAGGAGAUCGCUGCUGCUAAGCUUCAACAACUGAAAGCUAGAUCGUUUUGUGCGGGGUGCAAACGACGAGGGCAUUGGCACAAGGACGAUGCUUGUCCCUUGAACCAAGGGAAGGGGCUCAAGGACGCUGCCGAGCAUGGUGGCGGCGGUGGAGCCGGGCCAAACACCAAGGCAUCCUACAUGUGCAAUGUCGUCUACGUCGCCUGGAACAUUGAGGAGGAUAUCUGCACUGGAGAGUUCGACGCCAUCACCGAUACGGCCUGCUCCAAGUCUGUUGCCGGAAAUGGCUGGCUCGACGAGUACAUCGGCAGGCUCGAAAGGAUCGGCGAGCGACCCCGGCUACUGCCCAACGACGACAACUUCAAGUUCGGAGCCUCCAGAGUCUUCCACUCCGACCGCGCCUGCAUUGUGACCUUCAAACUUGGCCAGGCUAUCGUAGAGGUCAAGGUAGCCAUCGUCACAGGCGACCUUCCACUUCUUCUGUCUCGACCUGUGUUGGCGAAGCUGGGGAUGAUCAUGGACGUGGCCCUCAAUCGAGCCGACUUCAAGGCAGUCCAGCUAAAUCAGGCGCCAGCUGAUUUUUGGUCCGACGGUGAGAUCAUGUUCCUCUACUACCGCUACUACUACCUGUCAGUCUUCGUCUACGUCGACCACUACCAGAUGGCCACGUCCCCCGCGGCGACGAAGCAGCCAUGCGUUUCUCAGAUGAACAAGGCGGCCCUGCUCAGCGAGCUCCAGCAGAGGAACAUGACGGUUCACCCCAAGUGGACAGUACCCGAGCUCCGGAGCAUCCUUUCCGAGGAACGGGCCAAGGAGAAGGCGGGCAGCGUACCCAAGGGGCUCAGCAGCAUGACCCUCGACGAGCUGAAGAAGACGGCCGCGAACCUCAACAUCGUGCUCCCGGACAACACGAACCGCGGCCUCAUCAUGCGCAUGAUUCGGGACUCCACCGAGGACAAGAGCGAGCACAUCAUGACCUUCGGCCGCUACAAGGGCUACCUGUACAAGGAGGAUGAGAACAAGAUGACGCAUGCGCAGGCCAAGUCCUACUAUGCGGACCCGGAGACCACAGCCGUGGUCCCCUACAACCCGGAAGAGGAGAGCAAUUGGGAGGUGGUGACCGAGGGGACACGCCCGGCGCAACCAGACCAGACGACCAUGGACCUCGAUGCGGACCAAGCGGAUGCCCAGGCCCUCGAGGAAAUCAGUGACUACCGGGACUGCAUUGAGUGCGUUGAUGGGCAAAGGAAGGAGGACUACUACGACACGCUCGAGAUCAACGAGGUGAUGUGCGAGGCCUUCGUGACGGACGAGACCGCCGAGGAGAUGAACACUGCGGGGCUUCCACGGCCCAACCACGACCUUGCGGUUGAGCUGGCCUCCUACGCCGCCGCGGCGAACAACGACUUCACCUACCAGACCCUCUUCCGCAUCGCCACGCUCCUUCCGGAGGAUGCUCGGGUAAAUCUCCGACAAAGUGCAGAAGGCAGCGCCGGACGACGAGGGCUUGUCGGUGGAGUCUGGACUCACGGAAAGAUGGCUGGCAUCACCAACAAUGUGGUCGUGUUCCCUUGGUUCGUCAAGUACCUCAGCGGAUGGGCGAGCCACCAUGGAGUCGCUUCGUGGACCAGCUUCAUGUUGACAGAGAAUGUUAGCCAUGGCGUACACUCUGACAACCACAACCUCCCUGGCUACCCGAACAUCACCACCAGCUUCGGUGAGUUCAACGGCGGUGAGCUGUGGAUGGAAGUCAAGGAGGCCGAGCGGACCCCCGACGAGACCUACGUGUGGAGACAAGGAAGUGAUGGCAAGGAACGGCCGGGUAGACUCACCUCCACCCAGCGACGGAUCGUGAGCUUCGACCCGAAGAUACGACACGCCACUCAACCAUGGAGUGGCACAAGGUGGUGUUUGACCUUCUUCGCUUCACGGGGAAUUGCUGCUCUUGAUCGCAACGGACGGGAACUACUACGCCGCCUGGGGAUGGUGCUCCCGGAUCUUCGCAAGCGACCUCCGCUACUUGAUGAUCGGCCACCAGCCGGAAGACCCGCUAAGCGGAGCGCCAGGAAACUAAUCCACCGUACUUCCAAACGUUUGGGGGCACUGGCCACCUGGUCCAUCAUGGCGGCUAGCUCCUUCCUCGAGGCGCAUCUACCCAUUUCCGGAGGACCUGAUGGCAUUGCUCUAUGCGAAGUGGGAGGCACUACGAGGACCGAGGAAGCCGUGGAUGCUGACUACCUGGCAACGGAACCGCUGGACCAGGCCUACAUCCUGCGAGAAGGAGGCCGCGCACGCGGCCUAGAGCUUAUUCGGACUCUACGCCCGAGCACGUUGUGGAUCCAUGGAGACGCUGUCGACCUUUGUGAAGACGCUGUCAGCGACUACAUCCAGGAGCAGCUCGACGCGAGUCGCCGAGUCGUGGUGGACGCGGCCCCCGACGGCAACUUCUGGAGGACUGGGUUCGGAGUACGUCUUCUACAAGAUCCUACAGCGACCUUGUACGAGGAAGCGGGACUGAAGACGGUCGAGUUCAACAGCACCCGUGCGGACUGGAACGAAGCCACUGAGUCUGUCUACCCGGGCACGAUCAAUGUCUACAUGGCGCAGACGAGUGGCGAGAGUCCGCCACCCGCGGAAAAGGAACCCCGAGGGGCUUCUGCUAUCUCGUUCCCUGGAGAACCCCGAGUCAAACCAGAAGUGGCCUCUGCUCUACGUCGUCUUCAUGCCAAUCUCGGCCACCCGUCACAACAUGAUCUUACUCGACAUCUUCGCUUGGCCGGCGCGGGGCCCGAGGUCAUACAAGCCUCAAAGCGUCUGAGCUGCGAGACCUGUAAGAGAUGUACCACAGCCGUGAGCGCACGACCCGCUACACUGCCGAGCCUACUUUCCUUCAAUCAGGUCGUGGGAGUCGAUGUUUUCUCGGUGGUGGAUUCUACGGGGCGGCGGGUCGAGAUGCUUUCAGUCUUCGACCAUGGAACCUCUUUCCACGUGGUCGGGGAACUCAGAGGACAUAGCACCGAAGCGAUGGAACAGACGUUCUGCGAAGUCUGGACAAGGACUUUCGGGGCCCCGGGCACCAUUGCCCUCGACCUGGAGUCCGGCCUUCAGGCUGGACUCGCACGCUACAGCUCCUGGCAUGGAUGUCACCUACGAUCGAUCGCUGGGCAAGCUCACUGGCAACUCGGUGCCACCGAACGACAUGGGGGUCUUUGGAAGGCCAUCUGGAAGAGGGUCUGUGAUGAUCUUAGCUUGAGAGAAGAAGAUGUUCCCAUGGGGAUCGCCGCGGUCAACGAUGCCAAGAACCAGCUUCGCCGGAUCAGCGGAUAUUCACCGGCACAGGCCGUCUUUGGCCGGGACCCCUACAUCCCCGGCGACCUGCUUGACGAGAAGGACGGGGAACAACAGGAACACUUGAUCAACCACGACCUUCAGCGGGCACGGGAGCAAGCGAUUCGUCUGGCAGCCAAGGGGGCCUACUUCCGGGCCCAAGGUGACGCUAAACUUCGCCGAGCCCUCCUUCAGCGAUCUCGUGUUGCUGGAGAGGAACUACACCCUGGCGACCUUGUCUUCUUUCUGCGGAAGCCCAAGAACACGAAGGACUGGUCUUGGAAGGGGCCAGGCACUGUUGUGGGGCACGAGCACCAGAACCUCUGGAUCUCCUUCGGAGGGAGGUGCCACCUGGUAGCGCCCGAACACACCAGACGGGCAACAAAUGAGGAGACUGGGAACGCCUUCAUUCUGAAGACCACCAAGGACGACCUCCAACGCCUCGCCGAGUUCGACCCCGACGAUGAGGAGAUGUAUGAGAGUCCUGAGCGUCCUGGAGAUGACUACGUCCCGGACGAAAUGUUGGACAUCCUCGAUGAGACUUCUGUGUUUGACGACGAGAUCGAGCUCCCGGGCGAGGACGAGGUCGAGCCCCCGGGCGAGGACGAGGACACUACCAUGAGGAGUGUACGCGAAGAUCCUCCCCAACUCCCGUCAAGGGGACCACCAAAGAGGAUGAGACAGAAGGGGCCCGAGCACGUGAACAUGCUCAAGCGGGCUACCACGGCACGAGGCCGCGAGAAACAGCUCGAACGAGAGUUGCCGUGGCACUGCAUACCUCCCGAGAAACACGCCGACUUUCGCCGCGCGGAGGACAAGCAGUGGAGCGAGCAUUUGGAACAUGGUGCAAUGAAGCCAGUCGACGUGGAGACCAGCAAGAAGAUCUUGGCCGAGAAACCAGAGAGGGUGCUGCCGAGCCGGUUUGCAUACCGCGAUAAACACUGGGCCAAAAGAAAGACCAACCCGGACCUGGACUGGAAAUGCAAGGCGAGACUGGUCAUCGGAGGACAUGUCGAUCCGGAUAUCACUUCUGGAUUGACUACAAGCGCUCCGACAGUUUCCCGCCAAGGAGUGCUACUGCUUUGUCAGAUCCUUGCUUCGCGAAGGCAAAGAGGAUGGAGUGCCAGCGCCGGUGAUAUUACCUGCGCCUUUCUGAACGGCAACGAGCUCAAGCGAGAGCUGUACAUUCGCCAGCCCCGUGGAGGACUAGGUGACCUUCACCCUGAUCAGAUCGUGCAACUUACCAAGGGAGUAUUCGGGCUGGUCGACUCCCCGAAUGCCUGGUACGAGAAGCUGCAGGGCACGAUCCUCGCGCUCGACAUUUUGCUCUCUGAUGGCCGACGCGGAUACUUUGACCAGUGCCCCCUCGAUCCGUGCAUCUUCCAGUUCAAGGUGAUGGAUCCCGAUGGGAACUCUGGUGCCCCUGAGGCGUAUGUGGCCGUUCACGUCGACGACCUCUUGAUGGUUGGAGAUCGGGAGCUGAAUCGUCAGCUCAAGGACGCACUCUCCAAAGCCUUUCCAGUUGAUGACUGGGAAGACGACAGCUUCGAGUACACGGGCUCCACCUUUAUGAUCGACGAGAACGGAGUGACGAUCACCCAGGAGAGCUACGCAGACACACGACUGUUCGAGGUGGAGAUAGAGCCUGCGGCGAGUGACGAAUGCCCCGCAAGUGCGGAACAGAGGGCAGACAACAGAAGCCUGAUCGGGGCUCUGUCGUGGAUUGCUGGACAGACCCGGCCGGACCUACAGACCGGAGUCUCAAUGGCUCAACAGCUUCAGCGGGAGCCGACCAUCGGGGACGUCCGCUUCACCAAUUCCCUCUCGAGGAAGGCGAAGCAGUACCGGACAUGUGGAGUCCACCUGACACCAGUGGACCUCGAGAACUGCGUGCUGCUGACCUACCACGAUGCCGCCUGGGCAAAUGCACCUCAGGACCCUGACGACCCGUACUACCAGCUGACGCCCGAGGAGGACAUCUGCGGAACGAUGAGAGAGGGGCCCUUCGCCUCAAAGGACCGGAAGCCCAAGCGGGGAAAUUCGAGGAUAGCUUCGCAGCUCGGUGGCAUCUACCUCCUCGCCGACUCUAAGAUCUUGGAUGGAGACAGCUGCAACACCAGCCUUCUCGACUGGCGGAGCUGGGCCUGUGAUCGGGUGUGUCGCUCUACUUUCGCGGCAGAGACUAUGGCCUGCGCUAGUGGAAUCGAGAAUGCGCAGUACAUCCAGAGCUUUAUGGCUACGCUGCUGGCCGGAGUCCUUGUGCGCCCCAAGAACAGCCCCAUCAAGACCCGAUUCAUGAGUGACUGCCGUAGUCUCUACGACCAUCUCAAGAGGGUAGGUUUACCCAGAGUUCCUUCUGAUCGCCGGCUCGCCAUAGAUCUGGCAGCCAUACGAUGUGAUUUGAAGCUCGGAGGAAAGCUGUCAUGGGUUCCCACCCAGCUUCAACUUGCGGAUAUCAUGACGAAGCCCCUCCGGGCAGAGAAUUUCUGGAAGGCUCUGAAAGUACCGUGGUCGCCGUCCGAAGGCACAAGCGUCGAUGUGCUUUGCGAAAAGAGCAAGGUGAAGCCGGAAAACAGAUGGACGGACCGAAUGUGGAGUGACAUCGCCUCGGUCUGGGACCUAAAGGAUGCUGGCACCGGUGCCAACAAGGAGCCGCAGGCGACCGACCCGCCAGAAGAGGAGGAGCCGCGUGCGGCCGACCCACCAAAAGAGGAGGCAGGAUCUCCGAUCACUGCAUGUACCAAGGACAAGUCUUCAGAAGGGGACCAAAGCCGCCAGGUUCUCCAAAGAAAGGUCCGUGGAGGGUCCUGCAGCCAAACGGCAAAGGAGUGGUUGCACAUGCAUGUCCAGACCAGAGUGACCCGAAAGGAUACACCCUACAACAUCAAACGGAAGGAGUUCUUCAAGGUGAUCGACGAGACUCACGGUCCUGGCAUGGUCUCCGCAAAGGGCAAGCAGCUGAGGUGGAUGGAGUCGAUCGAGCGAGCGAAUGUCCUGGCCAUCUUGGGAUAUGAUGAGAACGAGCUUAAGCGCCGGCGACUGUGA